AUGACAGACAAAUUCGUGGUAGAUGUCACGAUCUUCGCGAAUACAUCAGAAAAAAUGCUAAUUACUCUAAAAGAUCAUAGAAUAAAAUUCGAAGGACGCACGAUCAAAGUGUUAAAAGCUUCAAGUUUUGAAACAGUUCGAGAAUUCGAUUCCUCUCUAUUAUUAAACAAACCAUUGAAGCACCCAGAUGUGCGAGAAAGAACUGUUCUUUCCAUCCAAUUCGCAAGCUCGCCGGGACUAAAGUUGGCAUUCCAUAAUUCAAACCGAGAUUACGCUCAAUAUGUAGUUGAGGAAUACAAUAAAUUCCUUGAAGCGAAUAAAGAUAAAGUACAACAAGUACGAGCGAAAACUACGCACGUCCCAACAGUUGGUCCACAGCGAAGUAUAACUUCAUCAGUUCCCACUAAAGAGAAUCAGUACCAAGAGUAUGCACCGAAGAUUCCUGUAAUGAAACCUUCCGUCAGUGCAAACAGCUAUUCUCCAAGUCCCAAACGAAAACCACUGCUACCUCCAGUGAGUUCCAUAUCUCCGAGAAAUUUCAAUGUAGCGCCAGGAUCUGCCCAAAAACCUAGCACGAGCUCAGGAAAUCCGAACAUAUAUAAAAGAGAGCCAAACACAUCGUCAACAAAAUCACCUGGUCAACAUGCAAGAGUGUCGCAACUAAGAUCCAACGAAAAGCUUGCUACACAAAAUGGAUCGAGAAACGGUUUACAGAACUCUGCAGAUGCACACCGCGAAAAACUGAACAUGUUGAUGCCAGAAACCAUCCCUCGAAAGAAAGGUCUGAAAAACACCGGAAACUCAUGUUUUUUCAACGCAACAAUGCAGGCGUUUGCUUCGUCUCCCUCAAUUGUUUCACGUUGUAAUCAACUCUCAAGAGUCACGUCCAUGUACAGUCGCGUGUUUAAUGUAGAGGAUGAUAGCAUAAUGAAGUUCAAACUCAACGUUUUUGAAGGCUUCCUGACAAUGAUUCAACAUUUGACUAGAACACCUGAUAUUGUAUCAAUCCAAAAGCUCAAGGAGAUUCGACGAAGCGCAGGAUUUCUCGUUGGUAGAUUUCACACUCCAGAGCAGCAAGAUGUUCACGAAUACCUACUACUGGUGAUCGACUGCAUUAACGAUGUAAUAAAGGACAAAGUGAAAAGUCCACCUGAUGUGAAGAGCAAUGAAAGCCCGGUGUUUGUGAAGGCUUUGGCUGGAUUAAAUCCGAUGCAUGCAAUACAGUCUAUAACUGAAAAAGAGUAUCAAUGCGUGAAUUGCUCAAAGAAAAGUGUGGAAUCAGUUUCAAAUCUCAUUGUUCAACUUGCAAUUGAUGAAACAAGAAAUGGAUCGAUUGAGUUAGGGGAUCUGUUAGACGUCUACUUUGCAACGGAAUCUCUGGAUAAGAGAUGCUCGUCGUGUAACACGGAAGACGCAUUUGUUCGGGAAAGAUUUGUUAAAUUCUCACCAUGUAUCAUAUUGAAUCCACUACGGACGCAGCACUCCGGGGGGGAAGAUGGUUCAAGAAAAGACUCCCGCCAAAUAAAUGUUCCUCUAAAAUUGGAUCUCACAAAGUUUACUUCUUUCGCAAAAGUAUGCAAAAGCGACGAAAAUUUAAAUUUGAAUGGUGUGGGAACUCCACAGAUAUCGUCUUCAAAAAUAACCUCAACGAAAAAUCUGAUGUUGAACGGAGGUAUGAAGUGCUCGAGUCCUUUUAAAGUGCUGGGAGGAGCGAAAGAACCUUCAGAAGACGAUGACAUACAAUUUGAUAACGAGAUAAUCAACAAUCCAUUUUAUUUCGAACUCAUUAGUUGUCCCGAAGAGCUGAAAAAGAUGGCCCGUUUGCUCGGAAUCAAAUACAAUAAAAAGUUUAUGGAAUACCACGCUUCAAUUCUCAAAGAUAAACCAUCCACCGAUAUGAAGAAAAGUGACUAUCCCGAUGAAAAGAGUAUAAUAGACGGCGACGGAAAUUGCUUCUUUCGUGCUAUCUCGUGGUUUUUGACUGGAACUGAGGGACACCACAAACAAGUACGGAAAGUAUUGGUUGAAUAUAUGAAGAACAACCAAUCCGCUCUAGAGAAACACUGCACAGCUCCAAGCUACGAGAUACAUGUGCGCGAUAUGAGCAAAGAUGCAACAUGGGCCACCGGAUGCGAAAUAGCCGCCAUAUCCAAACUCCUGAACGUUAACAUUUACACCUUCCUACCAUCUGGUUGGUCAUUGCAACAACCGCAGACUGGAGUAGCAUCAAAGAAAGGGUCGAUUUAUUUGAAUAAUCUCAGUGAACAUUACGAACCAGUGACAUCAUUAAAAAAACAUGGUGCGGAUUCUAGAGAUCGGAGAGCUCAUAAAAGAAGAUGUGUACGUGAUGGCGGAGAAGAAGGCGAUGCUGAAAUAUCUAAAAAUGCUGAAUCUUCUUCAAAAAACAAAACCAUAACUCCAGCCAAGCUUCCGACUAAACAGAAACCUACAAGAAGUUGCAACACGGAAAAGAAGCCAAAGGAAGCUGAUCCUUCAGAAUUGUGUACAUAUCAACUCAUCGCUGCUAUUUGUCAUAUUGGCAAUAUGAAGUUCGGGCACUACUAUGCUUACACGAAGAACCUCAACGAUGAUAAGUGGCUCAAAUGUGAUGAUCACAAAAUAACGGAUGUUUCUGUUGGAGAAGUUAUCGAUGCAGUGUCGUAUCGUUGUCAUUUGCUAUUUUACGAACGCCAGUAG